CGUGACAAUCAUAAGAAAACCACCCAAGAAAAACUGGAACUUUCGUGACCUCGACACUGAAAUUCGAUAUCCCAUGGCGAGGCUUGUGAAGAUUUGGCAAUGCAUGUGAUUCUUGAAUCUGACUGGUAGCCGUAUAAACACCAACCCCUGUGAACUCUAUCAAUGAAUCUUGAAACUCAUACCUACGUUGCCUUUUCAAUUAUGUCUUUCAAUUGAAAUUUCAUAUAUAAAUUGGUUGACCCUUGGCAUCUGGUAAUGCAAUCAGUCUGAUUGCUCUUCCAUAUAGGAGGUACAGGAGCUUUGAGCUUAACAAUUUUCACCAUGAAUUCUUCCAUGCAUGAGCUCUCGGUGCCUGUAUCUGUUUAUCUCAUUCUUCUUAUUGUUCUUUCUCCUACUGCAUCUGGAAGGAAUGUUCAUCUGCAAUCUGAUAUCCAUAAAUCAAGUUUGCCGAAUCUGAACAAAGGGUUGAAGUCCUCUGCAAUAGUCGACAAGGACACCAUUUCCAAGGAAUUCAUAUCUGCAAACCAGGACGUAACUACCGAGACCCGUGAAAUUAAGCAUGCAAACAAGGACAGGGUGGUAGAACAAAUUAUGGAGAUUGCAGGGUCCAGCUUGCCAGACUGUUCACAUGCUUGCGGUUCAUGUAAGCCCUGCAGAAGAGUGACAGUGAGUUUAAAGUGCUCCGUGUCAACAGAGGAGUCAGAAUCGUGUCCUAUGGCUUACAGAUGUAUGUGCAAGGGAAAAUCAUUUCCAAUUCCAUAGGUUUUAGGGGAGACUGGGGCACAGAAAACCAGUCACUUCCUGUAUUAUAUUAGAGAAAGCUAUUAUUUUUGCUAGUUAUAUGCAUUAGACUGGCACUAACGAAUAUAAAAGUGUGUUGUGUAACACGAGCUUGCAUGUAUA